AUGCAACCCUCACGCUCUCAACCCCGCGGCCCCGGCAGCUUCGCUCCUCUAUCGAGCUCAUCCGCCCAACCCUCGCAGCUUUCGACAUCAUCGCGACCUGCUCUGCGCCGAGUAGAGACCUCGGACGAUGAGGAUGAGACACCUCGGCCGUCCAUCACAAUACCAAAGUCGCGACCGCCUCCUCAACCACAACCAUCAUCUCCUGCGACCCCGAUAUAUGCCCAGUUCACGACCCAUGGAAACUCUAGUACCGCGAGCUUAGGACAUCACAACUUUUCAAGGCCGGCAAACGCACGAUCUGUUACCCAGGGAUCACCGGCCACGCUUGUCAAGGGCCAUGCGCGCAAGCAUUCGGCGACCCAGGGCUCAUUCGAGCCUACGCUGCCAUCUAUGAGUACAUCGAAUAUUUCAUCACACCUCGGAAUGUCACAUCAUAAUAUGUCGACCGCUUCUGCGACCGCGGCAGCGGCUGCCGCUGCCGCCGCCACAGCCUCCAAUGUCAACUUGUCGGCAAGUCAGAUUGCUGCGCAGGCUGCUGUCAUGUCGCACCAGAAUCAUUCGCGCCAGAGAUCGCAGACUGUGCCUUUCCCUGGCGAUCAAAACGACGCAGUGCGUCGCGGAAGCGGAAGUAAGGGGCCUACGAGUCCCCCGAUGUUGAGCUUGACGGAGGCGAGUGCGCCACGGGACAGUGGGUUUGGCAAUCAUGGAGGACAUGGUGAUCGACUGGGCGGGCCUCAUUCUUCCGCUGCUACAGCUGCCGCCAAUGUUGUAUUUCCUCGAUCUGGACACAAUUCCCCGAGAGCGUCGCCUCAGCCAUACUCGCAACCACCUCCUCCACCCCCUACGUCUGAGAAACCGUACAAGCCAGAGAAGCCAAAGGUCAAGCUAUUCUCCCGCCCAGGCAAGAUUAGCACAAAAGGUGAUGCGAAGGAAAAGCCAUUGCCAAGCCCAGGAAAGAUUGGCUCGGCUCUGUCAGCACUUCAGCGUGGCAACUUCAGCACAAACAGUCUCGUUGAAUCGAGCAAUCAGUCCAUAUACAACCUUACCAACUCGUCUUCAGCCACGAUCCGGCCUAUCGAAACACCCACCGAGGAUAGAGAAAGGGACAAGGAAAAGGGAAAAGAGAAGGAAAAGAAGCACCACUUUCUUUCACGGCAAAAACACAAGCUCAAGGAUGAGUAUCAUCUCCCACUAUCAUCAGCUGCCAGCAAUUCGUUACCAACAGAUCCCAAUGCGCCAAACCCUUUGUAUAACUUCAACAUUCCUCCGAGCCCUGGCCCCAACUCCUCUACCUUUGCCAAGGCCAAAAAGGAUAAGAAACUCGGUGAGCGAUCCGACAGUCGCCUGGAGAGCGAGUCAAGUUUCAAUCUGCAGAGUGAAUGGCCAGGACCAAGUAGUCUACCGUCUCUGUCUCAGCAGUCGACAAUGUAUGAUCCUGUCGAUCCCGGAAAGCUCGGUCUUCACAACCACAUGUCGCUGGACGAUGCGUGGCCUUACCUGAAGGCAAAGCUAUUGGCCAUAUUUGAAGGGGAAGACCUGCGUCUCCCAGUUGAAGACUUCAACAGAGUCGUACAAAUGCAUAUACAGUGGUGUAUGCAUAGACGCUCACCAAAUACCAUGUUGGAGGAUCUUCGAGAGCUUUUACACACGGGGUUCUUGUCACUUGACCGGACAUUACGUCAAACCCCAGAAGACCGAUUUAUACCAACGCUGGUUGAGCUCUGGAUGUUUACCUUUACUUCCAUACUGCCAUAUAUGCAAGCCGUCUUCCUCCCACUCGAUAUGGAGGUGUCAGGGUGCGGUACACUUAUGACCGGAGAGCAGGCACGGGACUUUUGGGGCGGAGCUAUAGCAUCUGCAUCUACCUCAGAGAGACCAGCCCGUGUGGCACCGGCACCAGCAGUUCUCGAUGUUAGGAGGCUCGUGCUCAUCGCCUACAGGGAUACUGUGAUUCUACCGCGGUACGAGACACUCAAGACAAUAUUCUCCCGACUAUCUCUUGAGUUCCUGCCUUCGUCGCUUGCAAGUAUGGCCAUGUCUUCUCCCCCGGAAGCAUCACUGUCCACCUCCCCUUCUGAAUCUUUCGGCCGACCCGGCACAGCUAUGUCUCUCGACCCGUCUAAUGCUUCGUACAAUUCUACGAGUACAACUCUUCUUGGUGAAGGAUCGGCAGGCGGCCGUAGCCGUGCGAUCAGUAACGUCAGCUUCGGCAGCCACGGGAGUGAUGGCGGUCUACGACCAUUCACACCGUCUGGUGGCGGAAUCCCACCACCGCCUUCUCUAGGCAGCCUACGGGAACGUGAGCAGAAUGUCGAGGACUCCAAGCACAUUACGGAGAUGGUUGGCCGGAUGCUGCAGUGUAUGAGUGUUUUGUCGGGCGUGUCGGCGGGUGAUGCAGGUGCAGAAGGCAAUGAGAGGGUGGUAGAGCUGUGUAAGAUGUUGAAGCUAAACUGGCUUGGAAGAGGAAGGACAGGAAGAAACAGGAGAGGCAUGGUAGGCGGCAGGGUGAGAAGGGACGAUAUGAGAGAUGAAGUUCGUGUCUAG